AUGUCGGAGCUUCUGCUGAACGUGCUUGGGGAGCGGCUCGUCAACCGCGAGAAAGCCGAGGUGGACGUUCAGGCGCUCGGCGAGCGGGUGUCGCUGCUCGGCCUGUUCUUUGGUUGCGGCCUGAACGCGCCGUGCCGGCAGUUUAACGGCAGCUUGUGCGACUUCUACAGCCGCUUCAAGAAGACUUCGGAGCAUCGAGACCAGCUGGAAGUGGUGUUCGUCUCCUCGGACCAGGAGCAGAAACACUGGCAGGACUUUCUGCAGGAGAUGCCCUGGCCCGCCUUGCCCUUCAAAGACAGACAUAAAAAGAUGAAGCUGUGGAACAAGUACAAGGUGACCAGCAUCCCAUCGCUCGUGUUCGUGGACGCCGCCACAGGGAAGGUGGUGUGUCGAAACGGUCUGCUGGUGGUCAGGGAUGAUCCUAAAGGUCUUGAGUUCCCCUGGGGGCCCAAGCCUUUUGCUGAGGUGGUGGCGGGGCCUUUGCUCAGGAGCAACAGGCAGACGACUGACAGCGCUUCCCUGGAGGGGCACUACGUGGGGGUCUACUUCUCGGCACACUGGUGUCCACCAUGCCGCAGUUUGACACGAGUGUUGGUAGAGUCGUAUCGCACCAUCAAAGAGUCGGGUCAAAAGUUUGAGAUGGUCUUCGUCAGCGCUGACAGGUCUGAGGAGUCUUUCCAGCAGUAUUUCAGUGAGAUGCCCUGGUUGGCGGUGCCAUAUUCAGACGAAGCUCGACGUUCGCGACUCAACAGGCUGUACGGGAUUCAAGGUAUACCCACUCUGAUCCUGCUGGACACCGAGGGUCACGUGAUCACGCGACAGGGACGCGUGGAGGUGCUGAACGACCCUGAGUGCCGCCUGUUCCCCUGGCACCCUCGGCCCGUGCUGGAGCUGAGCGAGGCUAAUGCCGCACAGCUUCACGAGGGACCAUGCCUUGUUCUAUUUGUGGACGCUGAGGAGGAAGGCGAGCUGGAGCCGGCCAAGGAGCUGAUCCGGCCCAUCGCUGAGAAACUGAUGACUAAGUACAAAGCCACCGAGGAGGAGACGCCGCUGCUUUUCUUUGUGGCCGGAGAGGAUGACAUGAGCGACUCACUGCGUGAUUACACCAACCUGCCAGAGGCGGCGCCACUGCUCACCAUUCUGGACAUGUCUGCACGGGCCAAGUACGUACGCGACGUGGAGGAGAUCACGCCGGACGUGGUGGAGCAGUUCGUCGGUGACUUCCUGGCUGACAAGCUAAAGCCCGAGCCCAUCUGA